CCGCGGAGUACUGAGUCUACUGAACCACCACGCUUAUUUACUAAAUUGCCAUUCGACCAAGAGAGUCGGAGAUCCCCUUCUUCCUCUUCGAAGAUAUUGCGAGAAUCUCUUCUGUUCUACCGCUGACGUUAAUGAUGCCUCUAAGGAGGAUAUUGGAGGUAGAAUCACCGAGCCCACUGAGUUACAUAAUGGGAGCAUUGGUUAUGAUUAUCGGAGUCGUUUUGCCUGUUGGCUACAUGAUGUUCCGAAAUAAGCGUGUACCCUUGUCUUCCUCCUACUCCAAGCAGACGUAGGAGUAAAGGAUUGAUCUAGAGAUAUUGGGGCAUGUUCUGUAAUCCAGAAUUGUUUUUUAGGCGUUGAUGGAAGAACUACCGAGGCUUGUUUGGAGAUGAAGAGAAAGAAAGAGAAAAAAAAAACCUGCAUUAAUCUGUACACUACUAGUACGACAUUGUUGAACUGCAAUUGUGAUGUAUGGAUUGUGAGAAAUUUGAAUGCAAUGAUGAGCUUAUUGAU